AGCUCGUUACUUCUCGAUUAUAAUUCUUUUACACCUAUCCACCUUUGAAUAGUCAAGGAAACAAAUUCUUGAAUGCGAUGUUUGGGAUUACCAAGGUAACAAAAAAAACAAUUAUUUUUCUCAGAUGAAAGCAUGUAUUCGUUGAGAAAUCGACAGUUCAUUUAUUCGGUGGCAAUGUUCGGUAUUUAAUUAUGGAUAAAAAUAUGGAAUUGGAUUCGCAUGUACUCGACAGGUAUAUUGUGAAACGCAGAAUCGGUAAAGGGGCAUAUGGAAUUGUUUGGAGAGCAAUUGAUAAGAAAUCAAAAACUGAGGUAGCUUUAAAAAAGAUCUUCGACGCUUUUCAAAAUAAAACCGAUGCUCAAAGAACAUAUAGAGAAAUAUUUUAUCUCCAAAGGUUCAGUGAACAUCCAAAUAUUGUUCGACUAUUUCACAUUCACCGAGCGCUCAAUUGUAAUGAUAUUUACCUCGUGUUUGAAUACAUGGAGGUGGAUCUUCAUAAAGUUAUAAGAAAAGGUAAUAUUUUGAAGGAUAUCCAUAAUCGUUACAUUAUAUAUCAAAUUUUGAAAGCCAUUGCCUACAUACACUCGGCGAAUGUAAUCCAUCGAGACUUAAAGCCAGCCAAUAUACUGCUGAACAGCGAAUGCGUUUGUAAAGUGGCAGAUUUCGGCUUAGCUAGGUCAGUUCAGGAACAAAAUUCUUCAUAUGGUGAAAGAUAUGAUCCUUCACUUACAGAUUACAUCGCGACGAGGUGGUACAGAGCUCCUGAAAUUUUAGUCGCAUCAAAAAUGUAUCAAAAAGGAGUUGACAUGUGGAGUAUCGGUUGUAUCUUAGCAGAGUUGUUAUUAGGCAGACCGUUAUUUCCAGGAUCUUCCACAAUUAAUCAAAUUGAAUUAAUUAUGUCGACAGUGCCACCGAAAUCUAAAGCUGAUAUCAAAGCGAUUUCCACAGGUUACGGGAAAUCACUAUUGGAAAAAUUUACUUUCGUUAAAUCACAUACGCUGAAUAAGAAAUUAAGACACGUCGACGAAGAUGCCUACGAUUUACUUUCCAAAUUAUUGGUUUUCAAUCCGUUGCAUCGAAUUACAUCUACAAUGGCCUUAGAACAUCCUUAUGUUAAUAUUUUUUUAAACAAACAGGAUAUCAUUCCAAUUUCUCCAGUGACUCCGGCUGUUAGAGAUGAUACCCAAUUAACGGUGGACGAAUACAGGCAAAAAUUAUACGAUGCCAUUAGUUUCAAUGAAUUUACUACGAAAAGAAUCAAUAGUUAUAUUCAAAAGUCUUGUAAUUUGGUGAAAAGGAGCGCAAUACAAAAUUCGUUCACGACAAAAAGUUAUAAAUCAAGUGCAAAAUCGACUGAAACUCUGCUAAAACGACAACUAAUAAAAUCUAGUUUUCCACCAUCUCAACGAGUAUUUUAAAAUGAUUUACAACAAUUACAGGUAGGUAACUUACA